CGCUUCAGAGGGCCCACUGCCCAGAUUAAGCACGGCCAGAUCCACCGCCCUGUGCUUCAAGAGAUUAAAAAAUCAUAUCAGAAAACAGUAAGGCGAGACGGCACAGAGAUAUGAGGACGGUCAGAACUGAUCAACAAAUCCUAGUGGCUUUACAUCUUACCCUUUCAUUUCUGCAGUAAGGGUUUGGGCCGUGAGGGCACACAGUCAUGUCUCUUCCGCUGGAUAUGUGCUCUGAUCGCAGGGACUCGUUGGGGACUCUUAAGAAACAACUCAUUUGUCCCAUCUGUCUGGAGGUGUUCACAAAACCAGUGGUCAUGCUGCCCUGCCUCCAUAACCUUUGUCGCAAAUGUGCCAACGAGUUGUACCAGCCGUCUCUCUUAAAGGUUGGUGUUGGACGCUUCUGCUGCCCUUCCUGUCGUCAUGAGGUCGUCCUGGAUCGCCACGGAGUUUAUGGACUGCAGCGCAAUUUACUUGUUGAGAACAUCAUUGAUGUUUACAAGCAGGAGUCUGCAAGCUCCAGGCCUCCACCGAAGCCUCUUGCGCAGCCGACUUGUGAGGAACAUGACGAUGAGAAGCUUAAUAUUUAUUGCAUCACGUGUCAGGUGCCCACCUGCUCUCUCUGCAAGGUGUUUGGCGCACACAAGAACUGCCAAGUCACUCCUCUAUCUGAUGUCUAUGGGCAACAGAAAACUGAACUCAAUGAUGGAGUAGCCAUCUUGGUGUCCACAAAUGACCGUGUCCAAGCUUUUAUUAAUGAGCUGGAGGAAAUCUGCAGGAACAUAGAGGAGAACAGCAGGAUCCAAAAGCAGAUUCUAUGUGAGAAGUUUGACAGCAUGAGGGCUAUUCUGGACGAACGUCGUAAGAUCAUGACUCAACAAAUAAGCUAUGAGGAGAAGGAAAAGACUGGCUGGACCCAAUCUUUAGUGCAAACAUACACUAGCCAUCUAGACACAAACUCAAAACUGGUACAGGCAGCACUUAAAGCUAUUGAAGAGCCAGAGAUGGCAUCUUUUGUGCAGCCCUCAAAAGAUCUAAUUGAGAAGGUUUGUAAAGCCUCCACAUGCUUCACUCUGGAGACCCUGGAACCUGGAUAUGAAAAUAUGGACCACUACAAGGUGGACUUUAGAGAAGAGGAGCGAGUGCUCCAUCAGCUAGAUUUCAUUAAGUUUGAAGAGGAAGUGGAGGAGACGCCCGAUGAACCAGAACCAGAACCCGAGUGUGAACCUGCACCAGUGCCAACCCCAGAACCUGAUCCUGAACUAGACCAGGAUCUAAAAUUAGAGGACUCAGACAUGAGAAACCAUAUCCAAGAAACAACUGAGAAUACAUGGGAACAAGCAGACAUCUGUUCAGAUGUCAAAAAGGAGCCUGUGUGUGAGAGGCAUGGGUUUAGCACCCAGCAGGCUGUCACCCUCAUCUUUUACUUCCUGUGCUUUCUGGUCAUCCUACAGCGAGUGUGGGGAAGCAUUCAGUGUCUCAUUUGUUUAUAGUGGCGGUGAGGAGGCACAGUCACCAGACUGUGACCUCUGCUCUAAAAGGACAGCAGCCUCCUGCGGUCACCAGUGAGUCUAUGCAUCUCAGCUUCUCUUUCUGCUGGCUCAACGCUCUCGCCAAAAGGAAGUGACCGCUCAGCUCAAAGCAGGAAUGUCUUGCUAUCAUCCUGUUCUGUAUGCUAUCUCAUCCAUUUCCUGACGCAAACCCUGUGUGAUCCAUUUUAAUGAAGCACAUCUCAAUAAUGUCUAUUUUGUCUUCUAUUGACUUACAGUGUCAAUGAUAAUUCUACAGAACCAUCGGUAUAAUAUAUAUAAUAUAAGUCAAAGAUAAGAUCAGUAUCCCUCCCCUCACCCCCUCUAGAUUAGUACACCAUCCCAAUUCUACAUUGACUUCUUAGAUUUGGUUGUCAUGAGAUAGAUGGCUAAUGUAACAUUUAGUGUUUUAAAGUGAUGUUGUAUUAGAUACAUUAUAGACAACUUUAUAAGACGUAAUUCUGAUCCAGAAGAAAAUUUUGAACAAAACAAAACACAACCAACAAAACAUAAACAACUGAAUCAAAAUGUUAAAUAAAUCUCUUUAAGGUUUAAAAUAAAAAAUAAAUACAACUGUAACUGGAUGCCUCUUGACCAGUGUUUACAUUUUGCGAAGUGAUCUAUAAGACUCCAGCAGUUUGAUUCUUGGUUAGUUAUGCUUUGUGAAAGAGAAGAGUUUUUGGCUAAAUAAAUUAAAACAAACUAA